GCCCAGAAUUUUUAAAAAAUGUAGCCUAUAAUACGUUCAAUAAAACAAUAAUAUUAUCGUAUUUUAUCAAUACUUAAUAUAUGUAAAAAAACAACGCGAUGUUUACAAUCAUUUAAAAAUCACCUUGAAAUCAACAUUGUCGAUAUACGAUGUAUACGUCAACAAGAGGAAAAUAAACAAGUUAUAAUAAGUUACCUUUAGUAUCAAUCUGAUGGCGUUUAGAUACAAACGCCCAUAGAAAUUGCAAAUAUAUAACAAGUUAUAAUAUAUGUGACGUGUACAUGUUAAUUUAGUUUAAUAUCGAGAUAAGACCUAUUGUGCUAAAUGAAGCUGGUUCAAUCGCGCUCAAUGACAUCACAUACUAAAGGAGUCGCAGCCGACUUUAAUUGACAGCGGCGCAGAGAGCGACCGUCGACUGUUCCAAGCUGACCUCGCUUGCGACACGACUCGCUCGCCAGACAUAAAAAUACGCUCGAAUUAAAAACAAAAUGUCAACAUUUAUCGUCGGAUUCAUUUGCGCCAUUAUUUUGGCGAUCGUGUUGAUUGUCUGGCUGGCGUACUACAUGUUUUGUAGAGAACGACACAAGCCGGAACAUUUUCAAUACAGCAUUGAAGAUUUACGAAUCAGAAACAUCGAGAUUGCACAAGAUCAAGACGAAGGCGUGAAGAAACAAGUGACGGCGGGCAUUUUUUUAAUGCCGUCACGUCAUCACAUUGACAAUGACUAUAUCAGCAGACCUGAUUAUCCGGAAAGUCCCGCUCCGCAAUUACAACCGAAGACGGAGAAACUGAUCGACAUACUCAAUGAUGGACCCGUCGAUGCAGACGUCCACAAAAAUGUCAGCUUCGAUUUGUCAUCGCAGUGCCACACCAGCGACGUGUAAUUAAAACAAACCUGUUAAUUAUUUCAUAAUGUAUUUCUCAUUGUAUUAUUAAUUAGUGUCACUCGUAUGUACCCACCAAGUUUUUAAAUAAAUAUUAUUUUUGUAUUCUUAUUAUUUUCCUAUUUUUGCAAUUCGUAUCUCAGAUCUUUAUUUUUCCAAUUUUCCAAGAAGGCGGACACAUACACAGACUUUGUUCAUUAUUCGUUUUUUUUUAAAUAUAAUGUUGCAGUUUUAAUUGCUUUAGCUUGUAUAGAUGUUAAAACGAAUUAAAUAAU